CAAAAUUGAGCUUUUCAUUCCUUGUGUGAUUGAACGAGAAAUCCAUUAUCAUUGCAAGAGGAAAAGAUGUGAGGGGAACACGAAUUAGAAAAGUACAGGUCUGGUUAGACCACUCAAAAGUUAACAAUUAAAACAACAAAAAGUUCUCUAAUUUCCCCAAAUAUAAGGAUACUAAAUUCUUCUAAUCUCGUUGGAAGUCACUUCCAAGUUCAUCCCCAAAAUCCCAGUUAAGCAUAAGCAAAACUAACUACAUAGUUCGAAAUUUCAAGUGUGUUAAUCGCAUCAGACUAAUAUUUUCCAUGCAACUAUUUCAUUGAUAACCAUUCAGUUGCAUCGUUUGACUAUUUUGACCUUCACUGACCUAUUCAACAUUAUCUCAGUGUUGGGAUAAUCUCUUUAUCAUUUUCUGAACGGUUUUCAAGAGAUCCACAGUGAAUUUUGUAAAGUUGCCUUUCAUUGAACACUGUUCUGGAGAAUUUGCUUGUCAUCAAGUGCAACUGUGCUCAAGAGGGUAAAAGAAUGGCUCUUACACUGUCUACAAUUGCAACUACUCCGUUUGAGGGACAAAAGCCGGGCACGAGUGGCUUGAGGAAGAAGGUCAAAGUCUUCACUGAGAAAAACUACACUGAAAACUUCGUGCAGUGCAUUUUGGAUGCCAAUGGGAAGGCAAUUGAAGGCUCAACACUCGUUCUUGGAGGCGAUGGACGAUAUUAUUGUCGGCAAGCCUGUGAGAUUAUCGUUAGGAUUUGUGCCGCUAAUGGAGUGUCUCGCCUCAUCGUUGGCCAGAAUGGAAUACUCUCAACGCCGGCCGUCUCGAGUCUCAUUCGCUCCAACAAAGCUCUGGGUGGCAUUGUGCUGACAGCCUCACACAAUCCUGGUGGUCCAGACAAUGAUUUCGGCAUUAAGUUCAACUGUGAGAACGGUGGUCCAGCUCCCGACAGUGUCACCAAUGCCAUUUACAAGCUCUCCACUGCCAUUUCGUCGUACAAAAUUGUGGAGCAACUCCAAAUUGAUCUAUCAAAAAUUGCUACAAACACUUACCAAAUCGCUGAGAAGACCUUCACUGUGGACGUUGUGGAUUCUGUGGCCAAUUAUGUCGCUCUAAUGCGAGAUAUCUUUGAUUUCGAGAAGCUUCGCAAUUUGGUGACUGGGAAAGUCACUGGGAAGCCUCUUAAGAUGAGAAUUGACGCAAUGAAUGGCGUGACUGGAGACUACGUCCGCGAGAUCUUCCUCAACUGCCUUGGCGCUACGCCGGAAAGUGUGGUCCACACAACUCCUCUUGAAGACUUCGGUGGUUUGCAUCCGGAUCCCAAUCUCACCUAUGCCAAGGAUCUGGUGGACACUGUAAGAAGUGGAGAUUAUGACAUUGGUGCUGCAUUUGAUGGCGAUGGUGACAGAAAUAUGAUAAUUGGAAGGAAUGCAUUUUUUGUAACUCCCAGUGAUUCUCUGGCAGUAAUCGCCCACUACCUCGAAGCAAUUCCAUACUUUCGUAAAAAUGGUGUCACUGGUCUGGCCAGAAGUAUGCCAACAGCAUCAGCAGUGGACUUAGUGGCAAAGAAGCUUAAUAAGGAAAUCUUUGAAGUUCCGACUGGAUGGAAGUAUUUUGGGAAUCUUAUGGAUGCCAAUCGUCUAUGUCUCUGUGGUGAAGAGAGUUUCGGGACAGGAUCCAAUCAUAUACGCGAGAAGGAUGGCAUUUGGGCCCUCCUGGCCUGGCUCUCAGUCAUGGAGCACACGGGAAAGGGUGUUGAGGACAUCCUGAAGGCUCACUGGGCAUCUUAUGGUCGCAACUACUUCACCCGCUAUGAUUACGAGGAGUGCGAUGCCGGAAAGUGCAACACAAUGAUGGAGGAGAUGGAAAAACUUAUAACGGAUCCUGCCUUUGUUGGUCAACAGUUUCAGAGUGGCAGCAAGAGUUACGUGGUCAAAGUGGCGGACAAUUUCAGCUACAGCGAUCCCAUUGAUAAAUCCCUGGCCACCAAACAAGGUUUGCGAGUGGUUUUCGCCGAUGGAAGUCGCAUUGUGAUGCGACUGAGCGGAACAGGAAGUUCUGGCGCCACUGUUCGAUUGUACAUUGACUCAUACGAACGUGAAAACGUCCUCGGUCUCGCCAGUGACAUGCUGAAGCCACUCAUCGAGAUCGCACUCCAAAUCUCAAAGUUGGCCCAAUUUACAGGUCGCAAUGCACCCACUGUCAUUACAUGAGCAGCCCAUUAACAGUAAUCUGGAGCUCUGAGUCAAGAGGAAACUACUUGAAUAAAGUCUAUUGUUUGCGUUGGAAAAUCAAAUAAAAUUACUUAGCAAAA